AAGCUGGGACCGGAGGAGAGGCGCCGUUAUGUGCUGAUGGAGCAUUGCAUCGAGAUGGUUGGAAGGCGCAGAAGCUCGAGCCUGUUCUUCGUCUAUGUCGUGGGCAUUUCGGUAACACUCUUCGGCCGGAUCAAUGGACAAACAGACAAGGUGCCUUGGACGCAAGAGAAGUUACACCACAAGCCCAGCACCCUGACUGCCGAUGACAUCACCCGCGUGCUGUCCCAAACGGACCUGGAGCGCAUGUGGCAGACAGACCUGCGGCCCAUGCUGGUGACCCGCUACCCGAGCUCCGCAGGGAGUCUCUCCGUGCAGCAGCAAAUCCGGACUAUGCUGGGAGCCCUGAAGGCCGGCUGGACGAUAGAGGAGGACCGCUUCCCAGCCCACACCCCCUACGGCCCUUUGACCUUCACCAACAUCAUCGCCACCCUCAACCCAUCCGCCAAGCGCCGCCUGGUGCUGGCCUGCCACUACGACUCCAAGUACUACCCCCCACAGUGGCACGGGCGGGAGUUUGUAGCCGCCACGGACUCAGCCGUGCCCUGUGCCAUGAUGCUGGAGCUGGCACGCACCCUGGAUCAGGAGCUCAAGACCCUCAAGGGCUCGGAGCCAGACCUGACUCUGCAGCUGCUGUUUUUCGACGGGGAAGAGGCACUGUUCCAGUGGAGCUCCACUGACUCUCUGUAUGGCUCCCGCCACCUGGCGCAGAAAAUGGAGAACACCCCACACCCGCCCGAUGCCACCGACACCAACCAGCUGCACGGCAUUGAUCUGUUUGUACUGCUGGAUCUAAUUGGUGCCCCUACGCCUCGAUUCGGUAACCACUUCUCCAACACAGUCAGUUGGCUGAGGAGGCUGCAGAACAUUGAGCGCCGCUUGCACACCGCGGGCCAGCUGGUGGAGCACCCAGACGAGGUGCAGUACUUCUGGCCUGACGUGCCUGUUAAUCCAGUGGUGGACGACCACAGGCCUUUCCUGAGCAGGGGAGUUCGAGUUCUCCACAUUAUCCCCACGCCUUUCCCCUCAGUCUGGCACACCUUUGAUGACAAUGAGCAGAACCUGGACCGGCCCACCAUCCAGAACCUCAACAAGAUCAUGCAGGUCUUUGUGCUGGAGUACUUAGGAAAGUGAAUCCACCGUGGAAACAGGGUCAGAGUCCUCAGAGUACUGCCAAGGACCUUGUCGGCCAUUUCCACCAUCAACUGUACUUAUUUAUGACAUGUUGAAUUUUCCUUCUUUAAUACCUCUGUAGAGAGUCAGUAUGGCCACCAUUUUGUUGUGGAAGUCAGGGAGAUCAGUAAUCCAUUUGGGAUGUAGUCCAUGAGGUCUGUGUCUAAGGUUUCCACACUUUUUCUACCCAGGUCCCCAUAAAAUGAUCACCAGUGGCUGAGGACCCCCCUCUAAAAUAUCAUUGUUAUGGUUUAACACAUUUGCUCAAUGCCCACCAUAAGCUGCAGUGCAGUGGCUCUUUAACACACUAACAUUUCAAAUCAUUUCAAAAUUGUGAUCUCACAGAUGUCAUAGUCUUGAGUAUGAAUUCACAUCUACCAUGUCGAACCGUGGUGUUACCGUCGUUUGCAUUCACACACUGAAGUGAAAUCUGCGUAAAUGUUGAGUAAACACAGAACCCAAAUGGUAUGCCCAACUGCGAAGAAGGGUCUGAUUCUGUAGUUCUCAAAGGGAAUGUUUUGUAAAAGCAUUGCACUGAUGCUCAUUGUACUGAUGCAUUGUACACAAUGUCAGACAGUAAAGACAUUUUUUUGUGAAAACAGCAAUAAAAUAGGAAUUUAGCAAAGCCUGAACAAUCCCUUUUUGAACUGUGCCCCCUGUUUUCUGUCCUAGAGUCUUCACCAAAUGCAAAUCAACAUUGUGCUUAUGUAGAAUGUGCUGUUUCAAAACAGCAAAUAAACUGGUGAGUAAAGGUAAUUCUGCAUUCAAAUUAACAGUGCUAGUGGUGGAGUAUUAGAAUAUUGAUAAACUCUGUAUUGAUGUGAUGAGAACUGUAUUAAAUGUGAUUCUUCCUGUCAUCUUUCAAUUCUUGCCUCUGUCCUGUCUGUGGAAAGGCUGUUCUGCAGCUGUAGCCUUAAUCAUAAUGUAGCCCUUUUUGAAAUAGGGCCUUUUACUCUAUGGGUGUACUCAUAUGCCAAUGUCUUUUGUGUGCCAAAAGCUUGGAGGAAAUGAAAAAAGAGAGAUUAAAAUGAAAAUAAUUAAAGGUGGUUAGCUUUCUUGUC